AUGGCGGAGCCGAGCCAGCAGCAGCUGCUGCGGUCGUUCGUGGAGGUGCCGGCGGGCUCGCACUUCCCCAUCCAGAACCUGCCCUUCGGGGUCUUCCGCCGCCGGGGGUCGCAGCCGCAGGCGCCGCGCCCCGCGGUGGCCAUCGGGGACUUCGCGCUCGACCUCGCCGCCGUCGCCGACGCGGGGCUCUUCGACGGGCCCGUGCUCUCCGGCUCCCCGUGCUUCCACCAGGAGACGCUCAACAUGUUCUUGGGCAUGGGCCGGCCGGCGUGGAGGGAGGCGCGCGCCACGCUGCAGAAAAUCCUCUCAGCCGAUGAGCCAGUCUUGCGUGACAACGAGGCGCUGAGGAACAAGUGUCUGGUACCAAUGAGUGAUAUAGAGAUGGUUCUACCAAUCACGGUUGGAGGUUACACAGACUUCUUUUGUUCUGUGCACCAUGCAAGGAACUGCGGAUUCAUCUUCCGGGGGCCGCAGACUCCACUCAUGCCAAAUUGGUUUUAUCUUCCAAUAGCAUACAAUGGGCGAGCAUCAUCUAUAGUUGUGUCUGGGACCGAUGUCAUUAGGCCCAGAGGGCAAGGACAUCCAACAGGAAACUCUUCUGCUCCUUAUUUUGGCCCCUCUCAGAAGCUUGAUUUUGAGCUUGAGAUGGCUGCCAUUGUUGGUCCAGGGAAUGAAUUAGGCAAACCUAUUGAUAUUAAUGACGCUGAAGAACAUAUUUUUGGCCUAACUUUGAUGAAUGAUUGGAGUGCCAGAGAUAUCCAGGCCUGGGAGACUAUACCUCUUGGACCUUUCCUUGGGAAAAGCUUCAGUACCACCAUAUCGCCAUGGAUUGUUACUCUGGAUGCUUUGAAGCCUUUCAUGUGUGAUGCUCCUAAGCAGGAACCUGAGCCUUUACCGUACCUAGCUGAAAAGAACCACAUAAACUAUGACAUUCCUCUUGAAGUCUGGGUUAAGCCCAAAGGCCAAAAUGAUGCAUCAAUUGUCACAAAAACUAAUUUCAAGCAUCUGUAUUGGACGGUGACGCAGCAGCUAACACACCACACUAUCAAUGGAUGCAACAUGAGUCCGGGGGAUAUAUUUGCAACUGGCACACUCAGUGGACCUGAACCGGACUCUCUCGGAUGUCUGCUGGAGCUAACAUGGAACGGGCAGAAUGAGAUACCGGUGGGGAAUUCGACCCGCAAGUAUCUAGAAGAUGGAGAUGAGGUCAUCUUGACAGGAUGCUGCAAGGGUGAAGGCUACAACGUUGGUUUUGGAACCUGCACCGGGAAGGUUCUGCCGGCACUUCCCUGA